AUGCCACCUUCAGAUGUUGGCCGCGCUUCAAGCCGGCAUGGAGACUCGUCAGUUCGUCAUAGACGUAGCAGCAGGAGCCCAGAAAGCAGUGGAAUCAGAGAAGGAAAUCAUGGUGAGGCUUCCCUUCGCGGAGAGCGGAGCACCUAUCACUCUAGCGGCUCCAGUAACUGCAAAGAUGGAGAAGGGGCAAGAUACAGAGAAUCAGAUGGUGGAAGAGGAUCACAUGAUCGUUCUCACUCAACUCGGAAGCCAGUUGGCCGCAUGAGGGGAUGGGUGGACAGCGACAGCAGCAACAGCAGCAGCAGUAGUAGUAGCAGUAGUAGUAGUAGUAGUAGUAGUAGUAGUGGCACUAACAGUAGUAGUAGUAGUGGCAGUAUUAGAGUCAGUGGUCGCAGUGACGCCAAAAACAGUAGCCGCUUCUUUGAGACGAUGAGAGAAGCACGAGAAGAUAAGCGUCGCACCCGCUCCAGAGACAGAGAGUUAGAGGGAGGGACCGCCAGCCGCAGCACUGCGAGACAACGCACCAGAAGCAAAAGCAGAAGCAGGCAUCGUCCUGAGGGACGAGACAGCGGCAGAAACCGCCAGGAGGAACCAAGUCAUCGGUCCUCGCGCACAGACAACCGAAAGUCAGAGAGCAGUAGGGAGCGGCACAGCAGUCCUCGCACCACCAAUAUCAGCAGUAGAAGCAGCCAGUCCCGGCGCUGCGACGGAGAAGAUUCAAGACACAAAGACACUCCUGCAGCUGAUGGUAGCAGUGGCAGCGGAGUGUCUCGGAGGGAACGUCAAGAGGAGAAGGCCUCCAAACAGCAGUACCAGCAGCACGAGCCCGCUGAGAGGAAGACCCGCCCUUCAUCGAAGGCUGUCAAUGGAAUUGUUCCAUUGAAACGCAGCCUCUCACCCUCGCAAGCCAGCAUCAACAGUAGCCUUAAGGACGGAACUGCUACUGCUUCCGCAGCUGGGGGGGAAGAGUGUACUGCGGAUUCUAAGCAAGAAACUGCGUCGGCAGCCAGUAAAAAGUCCACCAGCAGCGACAAAUUCAGCCGCCUAGAAAGAUUCAGAGCCCUCAAGAAGCAGAAGCAGCAACCGGAGCAGGAAGCAUGCAGUGGAGUCGCAUCGCUGGAGGAUGCGACAGCAACAGAAGCUGGCAGCAGCAACAGCGGCAGCAGUAGUAGCAACGCCUUCAACGAUUGGCUUCCCUCCACUCCGAACGUGAAAUUCUCGGUAAGUAGCUCCAGCACGAACAAGCCCGCUGAAAACAGCAGCGCGAGCAGGUCAGCCGCAGCCAGCGAAUUCGUUGCAGGGACGGCAUCCGCAUCAGCAGCUGCUGCUGCGGUUGCUGCUGCUCAAGCUGUUGCUUCCGCAGCGCUUGCGGCAGCAGGGCUUGCUGCUGCAUCAGCCGCUGCAGUCCCUACUUCUGAGGACAAGCAGGAGCAACGAAACGCAACAGAGAUCAUCACUGACUCAACGCAGGUGCAGGAGCAGCGCGCAACGCCACCUACAGGCGCGUCAACAGCAACGACAGCUUGCGAAGUAACGCCAGGAAGUCACUCUGCAGCUGCUGCUGCUGAGGGUGGUCAGGGGACUAUGAAGCCCCCAAGGCCAAUGUCUCGCAACCGUCUAAAGAAACAUCAGCAGGCGCAGCUGUUGAAGCAGCUGCAGCACAAAACAGCAGCCCUGCCCGAAGCCAAGGGGGAUGAGGAUCUUCUGGACGCCUUUAUGUCUGCUCUUGAAACGGAGGCGAAGGACGAGCUGAGUGCAACAAAGGGUGAGCACGAUGGCCAGGCUGAAGCCUUAGGGCACAGUUCUGCCCGUGGCACGAACCCACCGCGUCCCCAAAGUAUCUCACUAGAAGAGAUCAGUAGAUGGCAAGAAAUCGAAGCUGCAUACCUCCCCCCGGGCGCGGUUGCAAAUCCAGAACCACCAAAAGGGGCUCCUACUGCUUCUACACCUGCGUCCGCAACAACAUCCCCUGUGGCCGUAGAGCCCAUUUCUAGCGCGAAAACAGGAGCACAGGGCGAAAUGUCUCCUGGUGAUGCUGUGUCUGCGCGAAGUUCGAAUUUGCCGCAAGUGAAGCAGGAAGAAACGGCACUACCAGCGAUUAUUUGUGCCCCUGGAGAAAGUGCUGUGGGACAAACAGCAGCUCCCAGUAGUGGUGCACGCGAGUGCCAGUCAACAAGCGCAAUUGCGCACGAAGAAGUCAAGACCGAAGGUGAACAGCCAGAAUCCAAAGCGGCAGUUGAAACAGGAGCUGCAGAUGAGUUUGACUCAAAGGAAGCAAAAUACCAUGAGCUGUUUCUUGAAACGUUGCGGAAGGACCGUCUCAAAGAGUCUUCACGUUCAAGGAGCGGUGGCUUUGGCGAUGGGGACGGGGGUCAGGCACAACCAGGUGAAGAUGAGGAGGAGGAGGAGGUCUUACUUUACUCCGACCACGAGGAGGAGGAAGAAGAAGCUGCUCAUUUAGCCGACGCUGACACUAAGGCAGCGGAAAAUGCAGCAGCUUCAAAUCAGGGAAAGCCAGAAGACGACAAUGAUGCGCAGGCGAAGGAGCAGCUCGCCAAUUUGUCUUACUUUGACCUUGUCAAGCGCGUUGGGUUGAAGAAGGAACUACCCAUUGUUGACCACGCUUCCUGUAAAUUCCCCCCGAUCAAGAAAAAUCUCUACGUGCAGGUAAAGGAGCUGACGGAUCUGAAGGAUCACGAAGUAGAAGCAAUACGCAAAACGAACGGGAACAUCAAAGUCCGGGGGAAGCAAUGUCCCCGACCUAUCAGCACCUUCCACCAGUGCGGUCUGCCAGAAAAGAUUCUAAGACACCUAGAACUACGCGGGUUUGAGAAGCCGUUCCCGGUGCAGAGCCAGUGCAUCCCGAUUCUGAUGUGCGGGAGAGACCUCAUCGCAGUAGCCGAGACCGGCAGUGGAAAGACCUUAGCCUACGCGCUUCCUCUUGUGCGCCACGUACUUAGCGUCAAGAGACAAUACAAGGAGUACCUGGCUAAGCAGAAGGAGGAGAGACUACUGAGCCUGCAGCGGCAAGCUGAGAGUCAGCAACAGCAAGCUUCACCGGGGGAUGCUAAAGCUACGAGCUCCGCGAUGGACUCAACUGCAGAACGCAAAGCAAGACAGCAUGGGAGCCAGCAAGCACAAGAUAGUGAGGAUAAGGAUCGUUUCCGGAAGAACGAGAAGGGGGAAAGGAUGUUGAUAUACGGCAACUUCAAAGAAGGCAUGAUUGGCCUGGUAAUUGCCCCAACUCGCGAGCUUUCUCUCCAAAUAUCAAAGGAGGUGUCCCGUUUGUGCAAAUUGGUGGACUUAAGCGUUGGCUCACUUUAUGGAGGAGCUGGCAUUGGCGGCCAGCUGGGUCAAAUAAGGCGAGGGGUUGAUGUUGUCGUAGGGACUCCUGGAAGGCUUAUUGAUGUUCUGACACUGAAUUCUUGCAGGUUUACAAGUCUCAAGCGCGUAACUUUCGUGGUACUUGACGAGGCCGAUAGGAUGUUCGAUUAUGGCUUCGAGCCGCAGAUUUCCUCCAUUCUUAGAAGCACCCGCCUUGAUAGACAAACCUGCCUAUUCUCUGCAACGUUUCCUUCCCACAUUGAAUCUCUCGCCCGGCGUAUCCUUUACAAACCAAUUGAGGUAGUUGUAGGUGAGAAGGGCCGGACAGCUGCGAAAGUGCAGCAGUACGUCGAAGUGAUGGACGAAGAGCGCAAGUUCUACAGGCUGCUGCAACUGUUGGGAGACUGGCAGGAUUACGGGUCGAUCAUCAUCUUUGUAAACAAGCAGAUAGAAGCUGAUGAUCUGUUUGCCGAGCUUUUGAAGUACGGUUACCAGGCGCUUGUGCUUCAUGGUGGCCAAGAUCAGACGGACCGCGAGUUUACAAUCCAGGAAUUCAAGGAUGGUACGAAGACGCUGUUGAUUGCGACGAGUGUAGCGGCACGUGGGCUUGAUGUCCCGUCGGUUGUGUUGGUGAUUAAUUUUUGCUGCCCUUCCCAUAUCGAGGACUACGUCCAUCGCAUCGGCAGGACAGGAAGAGCAGGAAACAUCGGCGUUGCUUACACAUUCAUAACUCCUCAAGAGGCAGACAAGGCGGAAGAACUUGAAGGGGCGCUCAUUCAAUCGGGCCAGAACGUUCCCCCAGCAUUGGCGGCUCUAAGCUCAGAAUUUCGCGUUCAGUGCAACAUGGGGUUAGCGAAGAAGACGAAACGAGGCGGUUUUGGGGGGAAAGGGUUCACAUUUUCUAUCACAGAGAAGAGCCGUCAACAGCAGCAGAUGCAACAAGCGAAGAAGGAAUUGUCUGGAGCGAAUGAUUAUGAUGAAGUUGAGGAAGUCGAACUGCUUCUCCAACGGGAUGACUUUACACCUUCCGCAGGCAGUACCCCUCAGUUGGCAAUAACCAACACGAUGUCUACAACGGAUGCAGCAAUGAUUGCAGCCUCAGCAGCUGCAUCUGCAAGGGGCGGCGGAGCCGGAGCUACUCCUGGCUCACUGCAGUCCGCUGUGGAGGCCGCCGCUGCAAAGGCAGCCCUUUUAGCAAAACAUCAGCUAGCUGGGGGUGACAACAUCACGCAACCAACGAGCGCGACAGAGGCUGUGGCGCGUGUCAAGCUAGUAGCAAAGAUACUGAAGUUGCAGGAUGCCGAGCUUGCGAAGCGCCCUCCGCCCACGCCGCCGGCCCCACCACCAGGUUUGCCGCCGGUCAGCAGCGAGAAGACGAAGCUGACCGUGGACCAGCAGGUGGAAUUCAUGCUUCAGCAGGCACUAAAAGGCCUUCCGGAGGCAGACCAGACGCAGUAUAGGGAUAAGUUGCGCGAAGCGUACAAGAAGCACUUGUCGCCGCGCCCCAAAAUUCAGCAGAAAGCUGCUCCAGGCAUGCAAUUGGCUCUGGCCAGCUCUGUCACAGGCCAGGCAGUGCCAAAAGAAAAAGAUCCUUUCAUGGACGCUGCAGCUGAGGCGCUAUCUAUUCUCAAACAAGGAACCACAGCAAGCUCCAGUCAACUCCAGACAGCACUAGACAAGAUAAAGGCAUUUUCUGACUCGGGCGAGCUCGCCGCGGCUAUCAGCAGCGUGUCUGCGCCUUCAAACCCGACUCUUGGCAAAGUGCCUGGACUGUCCGAAAAGGGAUUUGUGUGCCCAGAGACUGGCAACUUUGUUGACGAACUGGAAAUUAAUGAUUAUCCACAAGUGGCUCGGUACAAAAUUACUCAAAAGGAGUUGAUGUCACGCAUUAUGGAGGAGACUGGAGCUGUGCUGUACGUAAAGGGACAGCAUGUGGAGCCGGCACUCAAACAUCGCACGCAGCUUGCACCGGGUGUGAAAUUCUUGCAUGUGGAGAUCAUAGCGCCAACUCCCAUUCAAGUCCAGAGAGCUAGGCAUGCAGUGUACGAACUGGUCGAGUCUAUUGCUCUGAAGUCACUUAACCUGUCAAACAGUCAACGGCAAGCAGUGGGGCGUUACUCUGUCGUAUAG